ACAGUUGGGGUACUCGAGGACCAGGUUUGGGAAACACUGGUAGUUUACAUAAACAGUACCGUAUUUCAAAGAGCAGCGCGCACAAACUUUUCAUUUAGCCACACCCUUUACACUGAAGAGAGAGGGUGUUAUUGGUUGGCAUCAUAGUUUAAACGGAAAUGAACAGUGGCCAACAACAAUUUCCACGUUAGCGUUUUUACGGUUUUUAUUUAGACCUUUUCUUAACAUCAUAGGACUCAAAAUAUGACGUUUAACUGCACAGCAUCGCAUACGUACCCCGGGUAUUGUUUAAUUCGCGUUGGAGACAGGACUUGGUUGACAGAUGUUAUCUAGGUAACCCUAGCUAGCUAGGUGCUAACAAUGGAUAACUGUAUGGUUUUUCACACUCAAAUUGCCUCGAUCUUGGAGGUGCUAGCGAAUGCAGCCGUGGCAGAUAUCUGUAAACUCGUAGAAGACGACUAUGCAGUGUUUCGUUUGGAAAUUUCUCAAAGCCAGAAAGAAAACGGGGCAUUGCGGAGGAAACUGCAUCUUUUGGAACUGAAGGUGGCACGAGAGCGCGUCCUCGUCAGUCGUCCCAGUAGUGUCAAGAUCGUCGACGGAUACAGAGGAAUGUCAAGAGGUGAAGGAAAUCUCACUGGAGGCCACAGGAGCUUUGUGAAGCCAGCGGUACACCAUACAUGGAGAGAUGACCAACCGAUCACUGUUGAUGAGGGUAGUGGAACCUCAACCCAGCACGUUAUCGUGAUAGAGUCUGCAGAUGCAGAGGCUACAGGUCCUGGGGUCAAGCUGGAGAAGACUGAAGGAGAGGUGGAAACACGGCAAAGAAGCGACAUCCAGACUGGAGCUCAUCCUGUAGCCACAAAGGACCCCACCAUCGCCCCAGCGCCGCCCAGGACACGACGCAGCAUCACAGAGGUCAGUGGACCGCCGAAAGCCACCCUGAAGUCAGAAACAGACACAGAGACUUCAACUGUAACACACAGGCUCUUACACCCAGGAUCUGACCCAGAGAGACUGGUGCCACUGAUCUGUCCUCCUGCUCCCGCUCCCGGCUCAGAGUACUUACCGGUAUUUCAUCAGAGCCAGAGGACGGUUCAUUCCCAUGGUGAUGAUGACGCUUUAGACACUGGGGUUGAUCUGUCUUGUUCUUACGCUACAGAGAUGGACCCUGACGACAUGACCUUGGGUUUAGAGACACAGACUGAUCUGUCUAGAGGGGACUGGAACCAGUACAGUAGUACUGUAUACUCUGAAGGGUGCCUAGAUAAGAAAGGGGAGGUUAUAGUGGUAGAUGAGGUGAAAGUGGAGGGCCACGCUCCUCCCACAUGGAAUGCAGAUAGUCGCCUAGGAGUCGGACACUCACAGGGCAGAGAUUUCUUAGAUUACAGGGGAAGUUCAGAGACAAAUCAACAUUUUGUCACCCACUCACCUUUACACACGCUCAGGGAUCGCGACCCAGUAUCUACGUCGAUGGGGCCUCCUGAUUCACAUGGCCACGUCCUUUUCGAUCAGGUUUUGAACUCAAUCGACAGGGUUAGAGGCCAGGCUCAGGGAGGGGGAGCAACAUCAGGCAAUAGUAAAGAGAAACGGUUCCUCUGCAUGUUCUGUAACAAAGGCUUCAGCUGCCCCCAGAAGGUGGAGAUCCACCAGAGGGUCCACACAGGGGAGAAACCCUUCAGCUGUACCCAGUGUUACAUGUGCUUCGCCCAGGCUGGUGAUCUGAAGAGGCACCAGAUGGUCCACACAGGGGAGAAACCAUACAGCUGCCCCCAGUGUGAGAAGAGGUUCUCCCGCCAGCACCAGCUGAAGAGGCACCUGAAGGUCCACACGGGAGAAAGGCCGUUCGCCUGUGCACACUGCAGGAAGAGGUUCUCAGAGAGAAGCUACCUCAGGAUACACCAGGAGAAAAACCAUUCUACUCUAUAACAUAGAAAGUCACCAUUCCACUCGAUACCAUCUGACUUUAGAUCAAACCCUGCAUUAAAUACAGAUGAAUUGUAAUUGUUGUCAACAGAAAAGACCCACAGAUUCAUUUGGAAUAACGAGAGUAACCGAUUUCAGUGUUCAAUAUUCCUGGGUAGAAUAUUGCAUCCAGUGUGAUAUACACGGAGUAUACAAAACAUUAAGAACCUCUGCUCUUCCGUGACAGACUGACUAGCUGAAGACUUUGAUCCCUUAUUGAUGUCACUUAUUAAAUCCACUUCAAUCAGUGUAGAUGAAGGGGAGGAGACGGGUUAAACAAGGAUUUUUAAACCUUGGGACAAUUGAGACAUGGAUUGUGUAUGUGGGCCAUUCAGAGGGUGAAUGGGCAACAUUUAAGAGCCUUUGAACGGGUUAUGGUAGUAGGUGACAGGCGCACCGGUUUAUGUUGAGAAUUGCACCACUGUUGGGUUUUUCACGAUCAACAAUUUCCAGUGCGUAUUAAUAAUGGUCAGACACCAAAAGGACAUCCAACCAACUUGACACAACUGUGGGAAGCAUUGUAGUCAACAUGGGCCAGCAUCCCUUUUAAAUAAUAUUGAUACCUUGUAGUGUCCAUGCCCUGAUUAAUUGAGGCUGUUCUGAAGGCAAAGGGGGGGUUGCAACUAGAGGUCGACCGAUUAUGAUUUUUCAACACCGAUACCGAUUAUUGGAGGACCAAAAAAAGCCAAUACCAAUUAAUCGGACGAUUUAAAAUAAAAAAAAUAAAAAAAUGUAUUUGUAAUAAUGAAUUACAACAAUACUGAAUGAACACUUAUUUUAACUUAAUAUAAUACAUCAAUAAAAUCUAUUUAGCCUCAACAAAAUAAUGAAACAUGUUCAAUUUGGUUUAAAUAAUGCAAAAACAAAGUGUUGGAGAAGAAAGUAAAAGUGCAAUAUGUGCCAUGUAAAAAAGCUAACGUUUAAGUUCCUUGCGCAGAACAUGAGAACAAAUGAAAGCUGGUGGUUCCUUUUAACAUGAGUCUUCAAUAUUCCCAGGUAAGAAGUUUUAGGUUGUAGUUAUUAUAGGAAUUAUAGGACUAUUUCUCUCUAUACCAUUUGUAUUUCAUUAACCUUUGACUAUUGGAUGUUCUUAUAGGCACUUCAGUAUUGCCAGUGUAACAGUAUAGCUUCCGUCCCUCUCCUCGCUCCUACCUGGGCUCGAGGAACCAGGAACACAAUGACAACAGCCACCCCCGAAGCAGCGUUACCCAUCGCUCCACAAAAGCCGCGGCCCAUGCAGAGCAAGGGGAACAACCACUCCAAGUCUCAGAGCGAGUGACGUUUGAAACGCUAUUAGCGCGCACCCCGCUAACUAGCUAGCCAUUUCACAUCGGUUACACCAGCCUAAUCUCGGGAGUUGAUAGGCUUGAAGUCAUAAACAGCUGCUGGCAAAUGCACUAAAGUGCUGUUUGAAUGAAUGCUUACGAGCCUGCUGGUGCCUACCAUCGCUCAGUCAGACUGCUCUAUCAAAUCAUAGACUUAGUUAUAACAUGAUAACACACAGAAAUACGAGCCUUAGGUCAUUAAUAUGGUCGAAUCCGGAAACUAUCAUCUCGAAAACAAGACGUUUAUUGAAAUGCGGAACCGUUCUGUAUUUUAUCUAACGGGUGGCAUCCAUAAAUCUAAAUAAUGUUAUGUCAUAAUUUCGCAAAAUUCUGGCAAAUUAGGCGGCCCAAACUGUUGCAUAUACACUGACUCUGCGUGCAAUGAAUGCAAGAGAAUUGACACAAUUUCACCUGGUUUAUAUUGCCUGCUAACCUGGUGUUCUUUUAGCUAAAUAUGCACGUUUAAAAAUAUAUACUUCUGUGUAUUAAUUUUAAGAAAGGUAUUGAUGUUUAUGGUUAGGUACACAUUGAAGCAACGAUACACACCGCAUUGAUUAUAUGCAACGCAGGACACGCUAGAUAAACUAGUAAUAUCAUCAACCAUGUGUAGUUAACUAGUGAUUAUGAUUGAUUGAUUGUUUUUUAUAAGAUAAGUUUAAUGCUAGCUAGCAACUUACCUUGGCUUACUGCAUUCGCGUAAUAGGCAGUCUCCUCGUGGAGUGCAGUGAGAGGCAGGUGGUUUGAGCGUUGGACUAGUUAACUGUAAGGUUGCAAGAUUGAAUCCCCCGAGCUGCCAAGGUAAAAAUCUGUCGUUCUGCCUCUGAACGAGGCAGUUAACCCACCGAAUACCGAUUUCCGAUUGUUAUGAAAACUUGAAAUCGGCCCUAAUUAAUCGGCCAUUCCGAUUAAUCGGUCGACCUCUAGUUGCAACUCAAUAUUAGGAAGGUGUUCCUAAUGUUUGUAAUACUCCGUGUAUAAGGCAUAUUUAAGCCUAAAAAGUAUGUUACAUAUUAUGCUUAACUGUGUAGGUUAUAUAAUGUUCACAAAUUCCUAUUUCAUUACUUCUGAUAAACUGAAAAAUAUUUUAUAGUUAAUCAAAUUCAUCCAGAUGUUUAGUUGAGAUAGUACAUUUGACAUUUUAGUAAUUUAGUAGACACUCAUUGUAAUGGGUACAUUUUCCCUCAAUAAAGUAGGUAUCCGCAAAGUCAGUGCUAGUAAGAAAAGACGUGGGAUACAUUUAAGUCCUGGGUUGCCAGGACCGAGAAGAGCUUUCACUGGGCUGAGCUAGAGUUGACCUACCUGUAGGCGUGGGACUGCCAAGAGGCCAAAGGUGGCAGUACUCUGGUUGGGGUGUAGGGUUUGAGCAUAGCCUGAAGGUAGGGAGGGGCAAAUCCCCGUGCUGCUCCGUAGGCAAGCACCUUGGUCUUAUAGUGGAUGUGAGCUUUGAUUUGAAGCCAGUGGAGUGUGUGGAGGAGGGGGUGAAAUGGGAGAAUUUAGGAAGGUUGAACACCAAACGGGCAGCGUUCUAGAUAAGUUGCAGGGCUUUUUUAAUAUUUUUUUUAUUUUACCUUUAUUUAACUAGGCAAGUCAAUUAAGAACCAAUUCUUAUUUUCAUUGACUGCCUAGGAACAGCCGUCAGCUUUAAUUUGUACUUUGUCAGCUCGGGGAUUUGAACUUGCAACCUUCCGGUUACUAGUCCAACGCUCUAACCUUUAGGCUACCCUGCCGCCCCAACAGAGAGUUGCAGUAGUCUAGAUGGGAGAUGAAAAGAGCCUGGAUUAGGACCUGCGACACUUCCUGUGUGAGGUAGGGUUGUUGUAGAGCAUGAACCUGUAGGAGCGAGUCACUGCUUUGAUGUUUGCAGAGAAUGACAGGGUGUUGUCCAGGGUCACGCCAAGGUUCUUUGCACUCUGGGAGGGGACACCGUGGAGUUAUCAUCCAUGAUGGAGAGGUCUUGGAGCAGGCAGGCUUUCCCAGAGAGGAAGAGCAGCUCCGUCUUGUCGAGGUUGUGGGCCAACAUACAAGCUGAGAUGUUUGCCAGGAGGAGGAGGGUCCAGAGGUGCUGCUGGUGAAGGAGGGUCCAGAGCAGAUGCGGGUGUGAGGAGGGUCUUGGGGAACAUGGUCAUGGAGGUCAACAAGACUUCAAUCAAGUACAGGCUGAAUGAACAACAGCGACAGAAUGCAAUAUGACAUUUCAUUAAAUUGUUUGGGGAAUGGUCUCGUCGCCAAGGGAAGAUCCUCUGAGCCAGAUGAUGUUAUGGCUGGUAGCCCUAUGCAGGGCUGCUGGCAAUUUCCUACUUUGAGACUCUUUGUGGAUACGGCGCCUGGUCUUUAUUCAUUUUGUCUGAAGUGUGGGACCAUGCCUUUUGAAUUUUCAAACCAUUAAAAAGUGUCAGGUGGUUGGCUGGAGGCUAACAGAGGAGACUGGGCGGCCAUCUUGGAUUCCCAGACCCAAACCAGUGGAGCCAAGGUCCCACUGGACAUCAUCACUGAGCAGGCCAGGAUCAGAGGCGACAUAGUGGAGGUCAGUUGAUGGGACAGCGUCCUCAACACUGGGCUAGGGAACAACAAUUUUAAAUAACCAGAAACACAGUUGUGCAAGAAUCAACACCUGGACUGGUCUCUAUGACAACAGACUGGCUGAGACCUGGGAGAGGCAUAGAUUUGGUCUGCGGGGGACGGGGAGGUGUCCAGAUGCGGCAGGAGAGAACAGACACAGAUUCGGCUACGGAUGAUAAAUUACAGGCCUCAUCUUUUUAAGUGGUAGAACUUGCACAAUUGGUGGCUGACUAAAUAUUUUUUUGCCCCACUGUAUGUAAAGAUGCACCAGACCGUUCACACCAAGGAGAAGCCCUUCAUGUGCAAACUAUGUUACAAGAGCUUUUACUUCCUGACUAACCUUAUCAGACAGGAUUGUCCCCAAUUGGGAGAAAUCAUAGCAGUGUGACUUGAGAUGUACACAGGGGAUAUCUUGCAACCAUUCUUUAUCUGACAUAUUAUUAGUUAUCACGUGAAGUGUCUUGGGCAGGGCAUACAAUUAAUACCAGCCGAAUGUCUAUUUCACUAGCCACUUGGGCGGGUGGUCAAUCUGCAGGGCUCUACAUUCAGCAUUACAUUCUCAUUUGCAAAUAAAAAUAGGUCAAAAGUCAAGUAUGAGCAAAUGUGAGUUGCUUUAUAGCAGAAAAAUGCUGCGGUGGCUGUUUUCAAAGUACUUUUGUCGUUUUGUUUCAUAUCUGCUAAAAGAAAUGCGAAUCUAUAUCCCACCUCGCGAUGCAACACUGCCUGGCUGGGGAGCUUUGUGCACUACUCUGAUAGAUUCAUUUUUGGAGGCGCUGCGCACAGGCAUAAAAGUUUGUCUAAUUUACAUAAAGUCUACAAAGUGAGACUUUUUCCUUGUGUUUCUUGGUUAUUUACAUUGUUUUGUUUAAUAAUGUGACUUGUUUUUCAAUGUUAGUUUGAGUCUGCUGCUUUUACACAAUAAAUGAAAGAGGGAUUGGGUAGGACAA